ACGGUGGUUUUAAUGCACCAUCGGCGCGCAGCAACUUAAAAUACAUAAAGCGGCAUAACUUUAUUCUAGAAAUUCCGACCGGAAGUUGUUUUGUCAGUCGUCGCCACUUGACUCUGGUCCCCGCAAGACUCGCUGAAGCUUUUUAUUCUCACACUGUACAUUUUCCACGAAAGACUCGCUGGAUUGGACGGAUUGGGCACCAACGACAGUUUAUUAUAAAUCGGCAUUUCUGACAUUCCCUGUCGUUUUUUUCUUUUUGUCGGAUCCUGCUUUUUAUUUCCACAUUAUUGUUUCGGUUACUUUUCCCCCUUCUAUUCCGAUUGGAUUUACAAAGGGCGUGUUUGGGAGCGAUCUGUACCGGGAGUUUCAUCUCCUGUACUUGUGCGACUCUGAGGAAUGACAGCGACUGGGAAUCGAUCCGCCUGAAUGGAAACAAUGGAUUAUAAAGACCUGGGACACAAUUUCGAAGAGAAGCUGACGCUAACAGACAAAUCUCUUCCUCUGCAGACGGGGCCGCUGUCCAUCCAGAAUGGGGACAAGACUUUGGGAAAGGACACUCCGACCUCAGACGACUCAGCCGUCACAGACCUCUCCCCCAAAACAGACUCCAACCCCAUAACAGAGACCCCCACCAAGACAGAUGCCUCCUCCAAGACGGAUGUGGGGCCCUGCACCCCGGGCAGCAGCGCCAGCCCUCACCCCAAAAAAGAUUCGGUGAGCUCAGAGCAACGACAGAAACUUGCCAAGGAGAGGAGGGAGGAAAGAGCCAGAUACAUCGAACAGCAAACUCAGCUGCAAGCAGUGAAGAAGACGCAGUGGCUGGAGAAGGAGGAGAAGGCCCGACGUCUGAGGGAGAGCCAGCUGGAAGAUCGCAGGAGGAAGCUGGAGGAACAGAGGCUGAAGACUGAGAAACGCCGAGCUGUGCUGGAGGAAAAGCAGAGGCAGAAACUGGAAAAGAACAAGGAGAGGUAUGAGUCAGCGAUCAAGAGGUCGACAAAGAAGACGUGGACCGAGAUCCGCCAGCAGAGGUGGUCCUGGGCGGGCGGACUCAACCAGACCUCCCGCAGAGAAAGCAGAUGCUCGGCCUCCACGGUCAACUUGCCGAGACAGGUGGACCCUGUCAUUAACAACAGGCUGUCCAAAUCCUCUGCCACGCUCUGGAACUCCCCCAACAGAACCCGCAGCCUGCGUCUGAGCCCCUGGGAGAGCCGCAUCGUGGAGCGGCUCAUGACGCCCACUCUGUCCUUCCUGGCCCGCAGUCGCAGCGCCGCCACCCUCCUCAACAACAGCGACUCCCACUCUCACCACUGCUCCCGUUCAGUCUCCGCCAGCCCGCUGAACGCCUCCUCCCAUCACCACCCGCACCAGAACGCCGAGCGCUGGAGGGUCUCCUCCGCCAGCACGCCGGACAUCACCCAGCGCCAACGCCGGCGGAAUUCCACACCGGUGGACAAAAAGAAGAAAGAGAAGAAAGACAAGGAGAGGGAGAAUGAAAAAGAGAAGAACGCGCUCACAAAAGACAAAGUGCCAAAGAAGAGACAGCUGACAUCACCCGCCACCACGACCCAGAGAUCCAGGCUAGAGACCAGCACCCCGAAGCCCAGAAACAGACCUCCGUCACCGGCCGCCCCCAAAAGUCGGCCCCUGUCCCCCCUGGUGUUGGCGGCGGCCUCCAAGACCGCGACGGGCAAGAAGACGUCUCCCUCCGGCACCAAGACCCGGCCCAAACGAGCCCAGACGCCCGUCAGGGUUCAGCCCCAGACGGUCGCCGCGGUCGCUGUGGAAACGCGCCCCGAACCCCAGCAGCCCGACGCGCCAGAGGAGAAAAAGAACUCUGGUGGCGUUCCUGCCAUCGUGGUGUCCUCUGCACCGGUUCCACCUCCUGUGCUCAGCCCGGCGGUGGCAUCAGGGGCCACUCCAGCUGCUCCAAACGGAGAGCCGGCGGCCUCAGCUGCUUCUCCCGCCGCCGUGAAGUCUGCUCCUUCUGAUGCACCCGCCGCCGCCGCCGCCGCCGCUGCUCCCUCCACCACCGGCAGGCCGUCAGCAGGCACCAACAACCCAGAGGAGGCAGCUCGCGUCCUGACAGAGAAACGCAGGCAAGCCCGGGAGCAGCGAGACAGAGAGGAGCAGGAGCGUCUGGAGCAGGAGCAAAGGAACAGGAUCCUCCGGGAGGAGGCGAUGGUCCGGGAGGCGGAGGAGACAAAGCGCAGGAAGGAGGAGGCCCAAUUCAUGGCCGAACAGCAGCGUCUCCGGGACGAAGCCCAGCAAGCUGAGGAGGAGAAGGAGGCGCAGGAGAGAGCCGUGGCCGAGCAGGAGGAGAACGAGAAGCUGCAGAAACAGAGGGAGGAGGCUGAAGCCAAAGCUCGCGAGGAGGCCGAGCGUCAGCGCCUGGAGAGGGAGAAACACUUCCAGAAAGAGGAGCAGGAGCGCCUGGAGAGGAAGAAGCGCCUUGAUGAGAUCAUGAAGAGGACCCGGAAGAGCGACGCCGGAGAAAAGAAGGAGGUCAAAGCUUCUCCACAGGUCAACGGCAAGGACACGGAGUCCAGUACGGCGGCCGGAAGCCCGCAGGGUCCCGGCGCCGCCGUGUCUGGCCCCGUCGUGAACGGCGUGCAGCCCGCCGCUCACCAGAACGGCGUCUCGGCCAACGGACAGGCGGCCGACUUCGAAGAGAUCCUCCAGCUGAACAGCGGCGGGAGCCCGGCGCCGCCUCAGAGCGGGCUGGUCGGGGAGCCCUUCCUGAUGAAGACGGGCCCCAUGAAGCCUCAGCAUGUCGCAGGUGCAGUGAAGAGACACCGGAUGAGACUGUGAUCGUGCAGCAGAGUCUGACACACAUUAAAUAGUGCAUUAUGUGCUUAGUGAGGGGGGGGGGGGGGGUCCAGACUAUAAAAGGAGGAUAAAUGUUGCGCAUUUCUCUGGUGUUAAUGAGUCCUGAGGUCCAUAAAAGACCUCUACAUCAGUGUUCCUUAAGUUGAGCCUCAUCACAGUUUCAGGACAGAUAAAUAUAUUCAGACGUUGACCAGAUACAAGAUCAAUGGCAGAAAUGAGAGACAGAAUCUACAAUAUUUCACAUCAUUUUGUGUCCCAAAGCAAAAAGAUCUGUAACAUCUGUGGGCCCCUCUUAUUAAUCUUAGGGGCCGCUUUGAGGGCCCUGAACCCAAAGUUGGGAAUCCCUGUCGCCGAUCACAUAAGUCAAGCACGUCAGCCUGUCACGGAACGUGCAACGAGGAAAAAGGUCACCGAUUUGGUCAAAGGUUAGACGGGCGGUGGCGCAUUUAGAGUCCCCCUUCAGAACGUUCCUUGGAGUGCAGAGUCCCUUCAUGUCUCACCCUCUGUUGUUCUUCUACCUGCAGAGGUCCUGUGAGUCCCCCGCACAUCUGCAUGGAGACGCGCGCCUUAUGUCUCCGCUCCAAGCUAUGAGAUUCAUGCCCCACCGCAGCGGCUUAUGAAAAAUCGUGUGCCAAAACAAACAAUGAACUGCGCUGAAUUCCCAUCACACAGUCUGUCGCAGGAGGACGAGGAGGAGGAGCUCUCAUCCGAAAAAUAUACAAACGUGAAGCAACAAAGUAUUCUCUGUCUCCACCGCGUGUCCUGGUGCAGCGUCUGUCAAGUUUUAUUGAAAUGUCACAUGCAAGUUUUAUGGCGCACCUUAAAGAUGACUGACUGUGUAACACAUUUUAGAAAUAUACAUAAUAUUUGACAAUGGUUGUUCUUAUUACCGUCGUUGCGAUAUCGUUAUUGUUAUCUUAAGUUGAACAGUGUGUGUGUGCGUGCGUGCGUGCGUGCGUGCGUGCGUGCGUGCGUGCGUGCGUGCGUGCGUGUUUGUGUUGUUUUCCUCUUGAAUUGUUGAGUUAUUUAACAUGGGGAGCGUUGUCAGGACCGGCCACAGACAGUGUAUGUAAAUGUAUAAUGAGCCUGGCUGCCUAGGCCUCCUGCUACAGGGGAUCUGUGAAAUAAAGCUUUACGAAAGGGA